AUGCGUGAGUACAAGGUGGUGGUGCUGGGCAGCGGCGGGGUGGGCAAGUCGGCCCUGACGGUGCAGUUCGUCACCGGCACCUUCAUCGAGAAGUACGACCCGACCAUCGAGGACUUCUACCGGAAGGAGAUCGAGGUGGACUCGUCGCCGUCGGUGCUGGAGAUCCUGGACACCGCCGGCACCGAGCAGUUCGCCUCCAUGCGGGACCUGUACAUCAGGAACGGCCAGGGCUUCAUCCUGGUCUACAGCCUGGUCAACCAGCAAAGUUUUCAGGACAUCAAACCCAUGAGGGACCAGAUCAUCCGGGUCAAAAGGUACCAGCAGGUGCCGGUGGUGCUGGUGGGGAACAAGGUGGACCUGGAGGGAGAGAGGGAGGUGUCCCCCAGCGAGGGCCAGGCGUUGGCCGAGGACUGGGGCUGCCCUUUCAUGGAGACCUCGGCCAAGAGCAAGACCAUGGUGGACGAGCUCUUCACGGAGAUCGUCCGGCAGAUGGACUUCUCACCACUGCCGGACAGAAGCGAGGCCUGCUGCGCCACCUGCAACCUGCAGUAG